AUGUCAAAACAAGCUGAGUUAUGCGACCAAACUCCAUUUGAGCUCAUUUCUAUCUUAAAUGAACUUAUUGACUCAGAAAAUUUUGAUGGCAUGACUAUAAUGUUGCAAGAACUCGAAGAAGCUGGCUACGAAAAAUUUCAUCAAGUGCUCCUUAUGGCUUUUCAAAGACUCAUCAAUAGGAACUUUCUCACGAGAGCCUUAGAUUUAUUUACAAUUUUUCCAAUUUUGUGCUAUUAUGAAAAAAGCAUUGAAGGAUUUUUAGCAGAUUGUCUCUUUGAUUCUAUCUGCAGUGGCAAUGAAGAUAAGAUAAAAAAUUUGAUUGAUUGUUUUGGAAACUAUACAGCAGUAACUAACGCAUCAACACUCACUCAAAACUGAAGCCACAAGACAAGGAGGAGACAGAAGGUACCGGAAGGACACUCGUAAGAGGGAUAGAUCCUCUGGGCUGGAGUCGAAAAGCAGUAGAACCUCCUAUAAGGGAGGGUCUUUGGUGACUGCAUCACCAAUAUUACUAGCGCCUGACUUUUAAUAAUCCUAAUCUUAACGCAUCAAAUUAUAAUUUAUUUGAAUAUGCUGUGGUUUUGGGGAAAUUUGAAAUGGCCAAAAUGAUUAGAGAAACACUGGGGGUUACAAGUAAUGAAGGAUUUUUAUUGAUCAGAGCAGCAAGAUUAGGAAAAGUUGAAAUUUUAGAAUACUUGUGAAAAGAGAUAGGGAUGUAUACAACACAAACUGAUUUAUUGCUGAGAUACGCGAUUAAAUCAGGGUCUCUAGAUACCUUAAAGUUUAUUCGCUUUGAAAUUGGAAUAGUUGAUUACAGAGAGUCUGAAAUCCUUGAAAUUGCCAUCUAUCAAGCUAUAGAAACAGCAGAUUUCAAUAACUUGGAAUUUUUAUUGGUCUAUUUCAAAAUGAAUUUUAAUCCCAAAAAAAUUUUACCAAUGGGAGAUACAGAGCCCCCACCUAAGCACUGCUUAUAUGAAUCAAUGUGUAAAUUAGCUGUAAUGAACGAUACUGAUUUCAUUAGGUAUUGCUAUUAUGUUUUAAAAAUUGACUUUGCUACCUGCAACCCCAAAAGUGAAUGAGCAACUUAUUUAGAUCUGCUUAAAAUUUCAGUAAAAAAUUGAAACUUAAAGCUUCUUAAAAUUUUGAUAGAAGAGCUAGGACUAGUAACUCGGAUAAUCCCAGAUGUCCUAGGAGAGUGCUUGAUUUUCUAUAUUUUACAAUUUCCUGGUGAAGCCAAAGAUAAAAGGAAAUUUUUGGACUAUUAUUUGAAAUAUGAAACCAAAGAUAAUUUGAGAAGCAUCAAGGAUUUUCUCACCCCAGAAAUGAUUGCUAUGCUUCAAAAUGCAAAAAUGAAAAGCUCAGAUGCUUAUUCGAAAAAGGCGAAAUAUUAUACACAAGAUUAA